UAUUGAAGUUGUUACGAACAGAGUAACGCGUAGAUCAGCUUCGUGAAUUUGGGACAGUCGAUGUUUCCGCCUCAUGACAGUCCGCUAUUGAUCCAUAUAUCCACGAAAAUAGACACGUCUGCUGAAAUCCUAUUUAAUUUAAUGUGUUGAUAUAUCUAUUUGAGUUAUUUACGAAUUUGUUAAUUGAUUUUAAAUAUUAACCCGCUGUACCGUAGGAAAAUCGAUCGUAUUUAGAUACUCGGCAGAAAAUGUUGAUCAAAUCUAAACACGCUAUUUGAGAUACAACGGCAGCAUGUGUAGGCUGACAACAAACGCCUGGUGUUGGUGGGUCAUGAUCACAUCAGCACGUGUGGCCUUAGACUUGAGGGGAUGGGCUGGGGGUUGUUUUAACUCACCAGGCACUCAUCUAACGUGAAGCUUGGUGGUAGAAAGUUGUGUGGCAGCGGUGGUGUGUGAAGGUCAGAACGUCUUGUGCUGCCUCGAGGAACUGGUGCGCAAUAACGAUUCGAGGAGACGGUGGUUUUUUGUGUGAUUGUUCAUCUAAAAUUAUAAUAGAACUUCCAAGUUGAGGGAGACUCAGUGGCGUAGAACGAGUAGCCUAAAUACCUCGUAACAGACAAGUACUGGACGAUAUGUUACAAACUACUUAGUAGAUUGAACGGAAGACGGAGGAGGACUGAGGAACCGUAGACCAUUGUUGGUUAGUCUAGCCAGUAGACCUGUGUAGUGGUGGAGGGUGGUGUGUGGUGGGCGCGGCAGUGAAGGAUGUGCCUCGUAUGUAUGCUACAGUAUAUGGGCGACGCUAUGGGCAAAGGAGCAGCAGGAGUGUGUGGGGCGCGACAGGGGGAGUACACCAUAGGAGGCAGCGAGGAGGAGCGACCUGGACAUACCCAACACGACUGGCGCUACUACCUGUGCUGUAUACCGGAUUCAUGCUUCAGCAAGGGUGGUCAGCGUGCUCAGCGAGGCAAGAUGGUUUUCUUGCACGGCGUACUAUACAUGGAGGUGAUCGAGGCGAACAACCUUCCAGAUGUUGACACUUCUUGGUUUAGAUCCUCAAAGGAUGUUUCAGACCCAUAUGUAACUGUUGACACUUGUGCUGGGGGAAAGAAGACGUGUCGUAUUGCAAAGACUUCCAUCAUCUAUAACUCCUUGAAUCCACAGUGGGGAGAGAAGUUCCGUAUUGAACUGUGUCACGAAACAGAGUCUCUGUUAUUUACUGUUAAAGAUCUGGAUUUGGUGAAGAUAGAAUGUAUAGGCUACAUGAGCAUUAGAGCAGUUGACUUACUUCAAGAAGAACCAGUCACUGGAUGGUUCCCACUCCUUGGCAGGGAUGGUAAUCCAUCUGGUUCCAUCAAUAUUUCUCUUCGCUAUCUCUCCUCUUCAUCUAUCACACGAUCUAAUGAAGUUCCAGAUACUGUGUUUCCUCUACGGUCAGGCUGCCGAGUGAAACUGUAUCAGGAUGCUCACACACCUGCCCUCCCACCUCUCACUGAUAUUACUCUUCCUAGUGGGGAACCCUAUGAACCUCCACAACUGUGGGUUGACAUCACCAAUGCAAUUGAAAAUGCUCAAAAACUCAUCUAUAUUAUUGGAUGGAGUGUGAAAACAGACAUCAGUCUGCUACGUGAUGGUGAAUGUGAAAAUUUGGGUGAUAUUUUGAAAAGGAAAGCAGAUGAAGGUGUGAGGGUCUUGGUGAUGGUAUGGAAUGAAGCCAUGAGCACAGAUAUAUACACCCCUGGUGUCAUGGGUACUCACGAUGAGGAAACGAGGAUAUUCUUUGAAGGAACAGAGGUUGAGGUUUUCUUGGCCCCACGUCAGAAAAACAAAGGCAAGAUAAUGGAGAGCAACUUUGUUGCUACUUUGUACACUCAUCAUCAGAAAUGUGUCAUUGUGGAUGCUGAGGUUGAGAAUGAUGACAGGCGUCGUCUCGUUGCCUUUGCAGGUGGCAUUGACCUUACUGAUGGACGCUGGGACACGCCAGAACACCCACUCUUCAAAACUCUGCCAGACUGUCACCAGCAUGAUUUCUAUAAUGGAGUAUGUCAGUCCAAUGUGACAACAGGGCCACGUCAACCAUGGCAUGACAUUCACAUGUAUGUCGAGGGAGCUGCUGCCAAUGAUAUACUUACAAACUUUGUAGAGCGCUGGCGACGUCAAGCUCCUGACCGGGAGAAUCGACUUCUUUCAGUCUCUGAAGACGACUUUGUCUUAGAUUGGGAAGCUCCUGAUGAAUCUCCUUGGAGUGUCCAAUUUUUCAGAUCAAUUAACUCAGAUUCAGCACAAUUUGAUACUAGUGCACUUGAUCGCCUUCUGUCUCGAAAAGGGAGAAUGUAUGAGAACUCUAUCCAGCGAGCUUAUAUUCACCACAUAAGACGGUCUAAACGCUUCGUCUACUUGGAGAACCAAUAUUUCCUUGGCUCUGCCCAUGGAUGGCUGGUGCAGGAGGCCAAAUGCCCUCAUCUGAUACCCAUAGAGCUAACAACAAGGAUAAUUAAUGCAAUUAAAGCUGGUGAGGAUUUCCGUGUAUAUAUUGUUAUUCCAAUCCAUCCAGAAGGAGACCCAACCUCAACAGCAGUGCAGGAGAUUCUCCACUGGCAGCACCGAACGAUGGAGAUGAUGUACAGAAAGAUUUCUAAGGCAAUUCGUAAAGCAAAAAUUGAUGCUCAUCCAACGGAUUACUUAACAUUCUUUUGCCUUGGUAAACGUGAAAGUCCAGAUGAAAUACCCGAUGGCUUAGAAGAACCAGAUUCAAACAGUGUUGCAGCAAAGGCAAGGGAAAGUUUGCGCUUCAUGAUAUAUGUUCACUCAAAAAUGGCAAUCUUUGAUGAUGAAUAUAUCAUUGUAGGAUCUGCAAACAUUAAUGAACGCAGCAUGAGUGGCAACCGUGACUCAGAGAUGGCUGUUGGUGCAUUCCAACCACAGUUUACGAAAGAAAAAUGUGGAGACUCUCAGAUAGAAGGUGAUGUUCGUACCUUCCGUCUGUCUCUCUGGGCAGAGCAUUGUGGGUCUCACAUGGAAGAACAUCUAUCCCCAGAAUCUGUAUCUUGUAUGGCAGCAAUGAAAGAUCUUGGUGAAGCAAAUCUACAAAAAUACAUUUCCCCAGAGGCUGAACAUAAUGACUCACAUUUAAUGUUCUAUCCAUUGAGUGUUAGUCAAGAUGGCCGUGUAGAAAUGCGAGAAGACUUCCCAAAGUUCCCGGACACUGGUGGAUCUAUCACUGGCAAGAACUCCAACUUCUUGCCUAAUUCUCUAACCACGUGAAAGCUCUCUGCUGAACUGUUGAUCUCGGAUAUUUCUCUGGCAUUAUUUUGUGCUUGAUGAACAAAAAACUCUGAAUGACAUCAGCCAUAUUUAAGGCUAGUGUGAAGAUACUAAUGUUUUGUUUCCAGUAAAACAUAAUGAAGAAAGGAAUGCGAGUCCAUUAUCCAGCUUGAUAUAUUUGAUAAAAUCAACAAUAGUCAUCAGAGCUGAAAAUGUUGAUUUGUGAAUAAAUAAUUAAAGGUACCCUUGGAUUCAUGUCCAUGCAGCUCUUGCCUUUAUGUUUAAGGUACAAAAAUAAAUUAAUUAAUG